UCCAGACGGCCACCGUGGAAAGAAAGCAUCACCCGCCGACCCCCAACGAUAGACGAUGAAGUUGGUUGUGUUUUUUGCCCUCAUCUGCUACGCAAUCGGUAGCGAAUCGCCCGGCUUCUUUAUCAAGCUGUCCAAGAGUGUGCCCCGCAUUGGACGGCGGGGCGAUUUGGAGAACUUUUUCCUCAAGCAGUCGAAAAGUGUGCCCCGUAUAGGACGGCGUGCCGGUGGAUUUCACAUGGCAGCAGUGGCCCCGCAAGAGGCCCACGGCUCGAGCUGGUUCGAGCGGUACAUGAAAACGGCCAAGCGUCCCAACGGUGGCGGUUCGCUCGUACCGGACGAUCUCGGCAAAUCGUACAAGAAAAUUCGCCCGCUCGAUCUCAAUCACAUCAUCGACAUCCUGUCGGACGAUCUGUUCUUCGGGUCCGAUCUGAAGUUUAUCUCCUGGGAGGUGCUGGACGAAGCGUUGGAGGAAGAUCCGGAACUGCUGCAGAAGCUGGCGUCGCUCGCACGCGACAAGGAGGUGCAGCAGCUGAAGAAGCUGCUCGGCGAGCAGGACGAUGAGCUGGUAAAGUAUGUGCCGAUCGAUCGGAACGAGAUUAAUGGGGCCAGCAGCCGGGCGUACAUGUACCGGUUGGAUCGUACCGAUCCGAACAAGGAGCGGGUAGAGUAUCAGCAGUAAAGUUGUGGGGCAUUUUUUUUCUAUCACGCGCUUCUUCUGUCUACUGCCUAUGCCAAAUGAGGAUAAUAUAUGAAAUGGGGACGCAAAACGGAUGGAACGGAAUCACUACCGGAUUGGGGCGUACGGAACAACGGGUGUAGUCUUUAAACUGUAUCUGUAUGUGUGCGUGUGUUACAUGAAUAAAGUUGUGUCGUGUGUUUUUUCAGUGCAAGAAUAUUGUUUGUUUGAAACCUAUUAAGUACCGCGCAGACAGUUCUUUGCUGCCGGGGACGGUCCAUACGAGGCUUGAACCAACGACGGGCAGGAUGCUAAUUCGUGCGAGUUUACGAUUGUACUAUUGUAGCCUACCGAAGGCUGGCGUGACUACAAGAACAUGGGAAUUAAAGCCUACAUGAAGGAGAGUUCGUCCGUAAUCGGAUUUGAACCCAAGAUAUGACAUUUGAGUGAUUAUGA